AUAUCCGGUCGGGGCUGCUGGCGUCACUUCCUUUGUGGGUGGCAGCAUGGCGAAGGCGCGCGUGGUGCCGAGUGACCUGUUCCCGCUGGUGUUUGCCUUUCUGAGGGAAAACCAUUUCGAGAGGGCGGCGCGCGCUUUUGGGAAGGAGGCUGGAGUGACUAAACACGAUCCUAAUGCUGCUUCUCUCCUUGAUGUCUUCAACUAUUGGCUGAAAUCACCUGAAGCCAAAAAACGACAAGCUUUUCCCAAUGGCCCUCCUGCAAAGAAGGCAAAGGAAGAAUCUUCAUCCAGUUCGGAGAGCUCCAGUGAAGAUGAGAAGCCCCCAGCCAAAAAACAAGUCACUAAGCCAGCCUCUGUUCCCAAAGUGCCAGCAAAGGCAGAGAGCAGCAGUGAGGACUCUAGUGACUCUUCAGACUCUGAAGAAGAAAAAAAGAAGCCAGCAAAGAAGGGAGCAGCACUCCAAGUGAAGACAGCUACCCUGAAAACAAAGCCCCAAAAGAAGGCUAGCAGUUCUAGUUCAGAUUCCAGUAGCUCAGAAGAUGAAGGAGCUUCAAAGAAGAAGCCACCAAAGCCAGCGGGAGUCAAAAAGGGAGUACAAGUAUCUUCUAAAUCAGCAAAAGUUGCCAAAGUGGUACCCAGACUUACCAAUGGCAAGGCAGAAAGUAGUAGCAGUAGCAGCGGAAGCAGCAGCAGCAGUGAGGAUUCUGACAGAGAAAAGGGUGCACCUGUCAAGAAUUCUCCUAAGAAAACUCCAGUGUCCAAAUCUGCUCAGCUGUCCCUGAAUAAAAGCAAAGCUCCGAGCAAGCACCAAAGCAGCAGCAGUAGUAGCAGCGAGGAUUCUUCUGACAGUUCAGAAGAUAAAAAACAAACUUCAAAGUCCAAGGCUGGAAAGUACAGUGCUGUGCCACCCCCUUUGGCCAUAGAGUCAAAGAAAAGAAAAGCACAAGAUGUUGCUGUAAAGACUGGCAAGAAGAAGAGUGAUGGCAAAAAGGAGCAGGUUGCCAAAAAGAAAACAGGACCUGUGGCUAAACAACUACCUGCCUCCAAAUCCGCUGCUGUUUCUACUCAAAAAGAAGAUACUAGUUCAGAGACUGAAUCGGAUUCCAGCUCUGAAGAAGACAAGAAGGUGCUGAUCAAGCGCUCUGCCGGAUCUUUUGCAGCAAAGGGUACUACUAAACCAGUGCAACAGAAGAAAGGAGCUAGUUCCUCUGAUAGUUCAGAUUCUGACAGUUCUGAGAAUGAAGUUCCUCAGAAGUCUGCCGCUAAACUAGCCCCAAAGACAGUGAAGAAGCUUUCUGUGACAGCAGCAAAGAAAGCAGAAAGCAGCUCAGUUAAGAGUGAGAAAGCAAAGCCUGGUGCAAAGAAUACGAAAGCAGGCUCAAAGUCCAAUAUCCCUGGACCCAAAGAAAACAGUUCAGAUACUGACACCUCAAGUAGUGAAGAGGAGAAGAGCAAACCUCUUGGGAAGUCAGCUGGCAAAUCUCCAGGGGGCACCAGCACGGUGGUUAGGAAGCAAGCAGCAGCUGACAGUAGCAGCUCUUCUGAUAGCUCCAGUGAUGAAGAGCCUAAAGUGGCAGAAGUGGGACUGAAGACAAAAGUAAAGACCAGCUGCAAUAGCUCUGAGAAGAAGAAACUAAAAGUUUCAUCCACUCCUGUGAGCAAAACACCAGCAUCAAAGCCUCUGACAUCUAAAGUAGCUACUGCUGUGGAGGCCAGCAGUUCUGAUGAAGAGACAAUGAAUGGAGGCCCAACCAAGAAGAAGCGGAAAAGGGGAAAUGAUCAGGAGUUGGAGACGCCAGACGUUAAGAAAAGCAAGACAAAACCCAAGACACCACACACAUUUCCCAAGAUGAAGCGGUCAUCCAGUCCAUUCCGCAGAGUGAGGGCAGAAGAGAUUGAAGUGGAUGUGCGGGUGGCAAACAAUUCAUUUGAUGCCAAGAAAGGAGCUGCAGGUGACUGGGGUGAGAAAGCAAAUGAUGUGCUGAAAUUUACAAAAGGCAAAUCCUUCCGACAUGAGAAGACAAAGAAGAAAAGGGGAAGCUACUGUGGUGGCACUAUCUCUACACAGAUCAACUCCAUCAAAUUUGAGAGUGACUAAACUUCAGUUGUGUUUGAGGGAGCACAGACUUUAAGAUGUGAAAAGACUAAUCAUAGUGAAUAUGUCUUCUGCAAAACAUUGUCUUAUAAAGUCUCUUGUACUGUUAAAGUGGAAGGACAGUUGCUAGGUUAUUAACAGACAAAACUUGAAAACACAGUCUUCAGUAGUUAUAUGAUUGUCACUAUGAUUGUGCCAGGGGAUCCCCAGACUUUCUUAGUUAUGUACCAUUCUAUUUUAAAAGGCAGGGAUUCAGGUUCUGUGUAAUGCAUAUAGUAAUAUGUCAUUUUUGUGAAUAUCCCUUUUGAUUUUUCACAUUUCAGAUAUGAAUUAGAAGUAGCAUACACUCUUUAUUCCUCCCCUUUCAUAGUACAAAGAGCAUACACUUGGUAGGCAAUCAAAUCUUCUAUUUGCUGUUUUUUAGAUGCCUUAUUUUGCUGCCCCCUCAUCCCAUUUGAAAUGCCUUAUUUGGAUCGUUUUUAGAGUAGUUCAUCAGCUCCCAUUGAGAGAGUGGCUUUUUAAAAAUCAUCUCUUCAACUGGGGUAUUAGAGCAUUCCCUCCUCAAGUGCACCAGUCAUGAUUACUGAUAGUCACUGACUGUCCCAAAUUAAUUGUUCUAUGCAAGGCUUAGCUGCAGCUAGAAUACAGAGUCAUGUCACUCACAAUGGCCCCCGUUUCAUUUUAAUAGUGUACAAGUGCGCCCUGUGAAAACUUAGUUCAGGCUGUUCUUUUUUUCUUCUUUUCAAAAAUGUGAUGACUUUAAUUCCUAGCACAGCUAAUUCCAGUUAAGACUUUGCUGCGAGAAGCUGGUAUCCUCAGAUUUGUUCAGCGAAGCUUAAUGGGGACAGUGAGGGAGGCAGCUGACACCCUGAGAUUUGUUUUUGGCAAGUGGGGCCUAGAGGCUUGAUAGAAACCUGCUUUUAUUGGAAGCCUGGUCUGUCAGAGAAAUGUCCUUUUGAUAACUGUGAGUUAGGGUGAGGGAGAGGUGGUUGUCUGGACAAAACAUAAAGACGGUACAGUUUGGGACUUGAGAUGAGGUGCUCAUUUGAUAGAAUGUCUUCCCAUGGGGGGCAUUCCUAUGCAUCAAAAGCUAACAAGGUGGCUAGAACCCUACUCCCAAACAUCCAGUUCUCUGUGCAGGAACUUUUUUUUCUUCCAGUCAUCUGAUUUUCCCCCAUCACCAAUUCAGGAAUGGUUUUACUAUGUGGUGAGCUGUUGAGACAGUGUCUUUGGUAUUUCCUCUGCUGUGAGCAUCUGCUGCAAUUCUCAGUCUUCUUCUCGGUUCCCCUUCCUUUACCAACAGUGCUUGGGGGCUCGAAACAAUGUUGUUACACAGUUUAAUGCUUGAAAGAGGCUGCUCUACACAGCCUUAGCUCUUGGAUGUUUGUGUGUUCAAGUUCCAUGAGAACAGUACAAAAAAUAUCAAGAUUUGAUUUUUAAAUUGUGUGGGGAGGGUUAGAGGUUUUAUUUGAAUUGACAAGCAUCUAGUACAAUAAAAUGUUUGUAAAUGUUGGCAGGUUUUUGUUCCAGGUGUAUAAAGGUGAUUGAGGAGAGGCGAGUAUAACUUCAUGCACUAGCUUUAAAGUUCUAAUAUAUAUUGAACCCUGCUAUGCUAACUCUUUGCUUGCAGGGAAACAAACUAGGCGAUGUGAUGGGCUAGCUUUCAGGUUUAAAAAAAAUUGUUUGUGUAAAACAGUAUCCCCCCAAAUGAUAUCCAUCUACCACAGCCUGUUGUAGUACAGUUGUUGGCAUACAGUAAAAUGAGGCGAUACAAACUAAUUCUUAGCCACAACGUAUUUUUAAAGGCUGAAUGGCCAGUAGGGAAGAAAGUCUUGAAAACUUUGAGAAGUUGCAAAUAAGGGUAAAAUUGUUUAAAGGGCGGGGGGGGGGAUUCAACUAUUUCUUCAAACACAUGCCAAUGUGUGAACAAGUCAGAGGUAAUCCUACAAGGUGGUUUUUGGAAAAGGUUCCAAGGAAGCAAGAAGAGACAUGGCUCUUGACUCCCCCCUCCCCAGUGCUUUUUUCCUAGUUCUAUGCUUUUAAAUUAGGAAGUCUCUCAACAUGGCGUGCCUGGGGUGUAGCUAGGGGAGAGGGGGCCCAUGUUCGCCCCUCUCCCCAGCGGCCCCUUGGAGUGAGGGAGAUAAUGAAGGGAAUAGGAAGGGGUGGAGCUGAGGGGCCCUCAGUAGCUGGGGGCCCCGGGUUCUUUGAACCCAUCCAUUCAAUUACAGCUACACCCCUGGGUGUGCCUGUUGCCAGGCAAUGAAAGGAGGUGUUGAAGCCACAGGUUACUAGGUAGAAGAAGGCGGAGCAUUCCCUCUGAGAAACAGCCAGUGAGAGAAGCAGGCUGCCAAGAGCAGAUGCAUUUGGGGGCUGCUCUGUGCCUUGUUCUCUGUGGCUGUGGGAGGAGUUUCAGCAUGAACCCCAGGUUACAGCUUGUGCUGAAAUCUAAUGUCACAAUGCAGCCUUCAAAACUCUGGUUUCAACAGUCUAGUCAACUUCAAACUGAGGGUUCAAAUGGAGAUUUCCAGGUAAUAAUGGAGCCACAGUUGGGAAGAAAUCAUGCAUUUGAAUGGUCAGAAAUGCUAACCUCAGGCAAAUUUAACUCCAGUUUGGUGUGUCUUUUGGAAGAGUCCUAUAUAUCUGCGCAGGAAGAAACCCAUAUUGUCAAAUUACUCAAGGAAGCUUAGCUACUCUGGUUCCAAGCUAGAUAGGGCUAUACAGGUCUAAAAUAGUACACUUGAAUUUAGCUUUUAAACAAAUGAGUAAUAGUAUAGAUACAUUUAGAGCCAACUGACAUUUCCAGCUGUUUCCAAAGACUAUCAAAAGUACAGUAGUCAAAUCUGGAAGUUAUGAAGAUGUAUAUGGCAGUGAUAAAAGAACCUUCUUUCUCAGGAGGAAGUGCAGUUGCUAAAUCAACCAAAGCAAAUUAAGAGUGCACCAACCACAUGUAAUCAUCCAACAACAGUGCUGACUUGGCAGUAACCCUAGAAUAAUUGCCUUUUGGCUAACCGGGUCUCCCACUAUCAACAGCUCUAUAUUAUUAGGAUUAAGCUUCCAAAUGAUUUGCUGUCAUUGGAUUAUGUACAGUAUUUCAGUUGCAAAGGAAACUAACAGUUCAUUUGUAUUGGACAAAAAGAGAAAUGGUUGUCGUGAGCAUGCUGAUGAUGCCUCACUCCAAUCCUGGUGGGAAGAACCACCAUUUGGUGUCUUUCUAUGAGAUAGGAAUAAAAUCACUGCAAGACCACACAUCUAGAAGGAUACUGUGAGGGGAAUUAUGUCGGAGGUGCCAAUUGUGUGUAUGUAGAAAAAGUAGAACUUUAAAUCACCAAUCUAUGUUGAUGUUUGUUUUUUAAUAAAAAAUUCUUAUAAUACCA